UUGCUGAGCAGCAGUAUGGAGCAGGGAUUGGGGAACCGCGCGGCAUCCACCAGCCCCUACAGCUCCGAGACCGCCUCCAACGUCCCGACGCCGUCACCCUACUCGCAGCCCAACUCCACCUUCGAGGCCAUGUCUCCGGCGCCGGCCAUCCCCUCCAACACAGACUACCCCGGGCCGCACGGCUUCGAGGUGACCUUCCAGCAAUCCAGCACCGCCAAGUCGGCCACCUGGACGUACUCGCCACUACUGAAGAAGCUCUACUGUCAGAUCGCUAAGACGUGCCCGAUUCAGGUCAAGCUCGCCUCGGCACCCCCUCACGGCAGCAUGGUACGAGCCAUGCCCAUCUACAAGAAGGCCGAGCACGUGACCGAAGUUGUGAAGCGCUGCCCCAAUCAUGAGCUCGGACGCGACUUCAACGAGAGUCAGUCAGCACCCGCCAGCCACCUCAUAAGAGUGGAAGGAAAUAACCUGUCUCAGUACGUGGAUGAUCCAGUAACUGGCCGACAGAGUGUACUCGUACCUUAUGAGACCCCACAGGUGGGGACAGAAUUCACAACAAUUUUGUAUAAUUUCAUGUGUAACAGUAGCUGUGUCGGUGGAAUGAACCGCAGACCCAUUCUCAUCAUCAUCACCCUGGAGACGAGAGAUGGGCAGGUGCUGGGCCGACGCUCUUUCGAAGGCAGAAUAUGUGCCUGCCCGGGUCGAGACCGCAAGGCAGACGAGGAUCACUUCCGAGAGCAGCAGGCACUUAAUGAGAGCGUGGCCAAAAACGGCAAUGCUAAUAAACGCAAUUUCCGACAGACCUCUCCCAACAUGUCUGGCCCUCCUAUCAACAUCAAGAAAAGGAGACAUGGAGAUGAGGAAAUGUACUACAUCCCAGUGCGAGGCAGGGAGAACUUUGACCUUCUGAUGAAGAUUAAGGACAGUUUAGAGUUAGUGGAACUCGUGCCGCAGCAGUUAGUCGAUUCCUACAGGCAACAGCAACAACAACUACUGCACAGACAUACUCACAUGACCUCUCCGUCCCCCUACGGUGCACCGCUGAGCAACAUGAACAAGGUCCAUAGCAACAUCAGCAAGCUUCCUUCAGUCAACCAGAUAGUAGCACAUCAGAGCCAGCAGAACGCCGGACCCUCAGCCAGCAUGGUCCACAUGGGCGCGAACAUGCUGGGCGGCCACCACAUGCAGUCGAACGGCGACAUGAACGGCGCACACUCGGCUCAGUCGAUGGUUUCUGCGUCUCACUGUACCCCGCCUCCACCCUACAAUCCAGACCCCAGCCUCGUCAGCUUCUUAACCAGCCUGGGCUGCCAAAACUGCAUCGACUACUUCACGUCACAGGGCCUUCAGAGUGUGUACCACCUGCAGACCCUCUCCAUGGAGGAUCUCAGUGCUCUUAAGAUCCCGGAGCAGUUCCGCUUGGCCAUCUGGCGGGGCCUGCAGGACAUGAAGCAGGGCCACGACUACGGCCAGCAGCUCCUCCGCUCCAGCAGUAACAUGGCCGCCAUGACCAUCGGGCACGGCGGGGAACUGCAGCGGCAGCGCGUCAUGGAAGCCGUGCACUUCCGAGUGCGCCACACCAUCACCAUCCCCAAUCGAGGGGGCGCUCCCGGGGCAGACGAGUGGCCGGAUUUUGGGUUCGACAUGCCAGACUGCAGGACACGCAAACACUCCAUUAAGGAGGAGUUUGCAGAGAGCGAAGUUCGCUAA